CGCCCCGGGGCGGCCCGCGGCGCCGGUUGACGCCGCCUGAGGCGGCCGCGGUCCCGCCGCUGCUGCCCGGCCCCGCGGCCCUGGGGCCAGGUGGAGCCGCUCAGGAGGAGCUGGGGUGGCUCCGAGCUCCGGGGGAGCUGCCGAGUCGUAGCAGCCGCGGCGCCCCGGGCAGCGCCGGCCCCGAGCUGCCGCAGUCGGCGUGGGAAAGCCUCCGGGCGGCCGUUGCACCGGGUGGGUGCAGGGCCCAGCCGGAGGGAGCAGGGCAGAGCCGCGACCACCAGCGCGGACCCUUUGUCGUCCCUGCAGCGCCCCAGGCCCGUGGGAAGCCUCGCUCCGUCCUUUCCCCCACCUCAGCCCCGUGCUCGCACGGCCCCAGUAUGAGGCCUGUUGUGCUACCAGAAAUUUUCCUGUUUCUUAUGGAUCAGAAACCUUUGCUUUAGCCAGACGCUUCUAGCAGUGAGAAAGGAUGCCUGGGGAGGUCGCACAUGUUGGAAAGCAUUUUCCGAGGACUUAGCACGGGUCUUUCUACAAAACUGAUAUUCUGGCUGGCUGGAGACUACUAAAGAGAAAAGAUGUGGUGCAGGAGGCUGGCAUGUCUGUUCAAGGUGCCGUGCCAGCUGAGUGGAAGUGCAAGACAUCACUUGCUGUGGCUGUCCCGUGACAGAAAGGCUGUCCUCGGUGCUGCAGCUCGCUGGCAUCACACAGCCCCAGAGUCCCUCAAAUGUGCCUGGCAGUUACAUGGUGACCAUUUAGAGCUCAGGUAUGCGAACACACUGAUGCGCUUCGAUUUUGUGUGGCUGAGGGACCACUGCCGCUCUGCUUCCUGCUACAAUGCCAAGACGAACCAGCGCAGCUUGGACACGGCUAGUGUGGACCUGGGUAUCAAACCCAAGGCUGUCCGAGUGGAUGAGACCACACUCUUCCUCACGUGGCCGGAUGGGCACGUGACGCGGUAUGGGCUGGAGUGGCUUGUGAAGAACAGCUAUGAGGGGCAGAAGCAGCAGGUCAUGCACCCGCGGAUUCUCUGGAAUGCAGAAAUUUACCGCCAAGCCCAGGUCCCAUCCGUCGACUGCCGGAGUUUCCUGGAGACAGAUGAGGGGCUAAAGGAAUUCCUGCAAAACUUCUUGUUAUAUGGGAUUGCUUUUGUAGAGAAUGUCACUCCCACCAAAGAGGACACGGAAAUUUUGGCGGAAAGGAUCAGCUUAAUCAGGGAGACCAUUUAUGGUAGAAUGUGGUACUUUACCUCUGACUUCUCUCGGGGGGACACUGCCUACACCAAGCUGGCUCUGGAUCGUCACACCGACACAACCUACUUCCAGGAGCCCUGCGGCAUCCAGGUGUUUCACUGCCUGAAGCACGAGGGCACAGGUGGGCGGACGCUGCUGGUGGAUGGUUUCUAUGCAGCAGAGCAGGUUCUCCAGCAAGCCCCUGAUCAAUUCGAGCUGCUCAGCAAGGUGCCGUUGAAGCACGAGUAUGUUGAGAACGUGGGAGACUGUCACAAUCACAUGAUCGGAGUCGGGCCGGUUCUCAAUGUCUAUCCCUGGAACAACGAGCUUUAUCUGAUCAGAUACAAUAACUAUGAUCGUGCCGUUAUCAACACAGUGCCUUACGAUAUUGUACAUCGUUGGUACGCUGCGCACCGCACACUCACCACGGAGCUCAGGAGACCAGAAAAUGAACUGUGGGUCAAACUGAAGCCAGGCAAGGCACUGUUUGUAGAUAACUGGCGUGUCCUGCACGGACGGGAAGCGUUCACAGGGUACCGCCAGCUCUGUGGCUGUUACCUGACGAGAGAUGAUGUGCUGAACACCGCACGCGUACUGGGACUCCAAGCUUAGCCCGGACCGCCCUCUGCGGAGCGGCAGUCAGACCGCCGGCACCACCACGCUGGUGCAUCACCACGACUAAGAUGUUGCACAUACCUCAGGCACCUCCACCCUCUCUAAGCAGUUCUCGGUGCCUCCUCAGGAGAGGGAGCAGGUGGAAGCCAAAGGUUACGGGAGCUUUAUGGGACCGUAUUCUGCCUUUGAGCAUGGUCAGCUCUUGCUGUCUGUGCACCCGGCCUGGUCUUUCCAGCCUGUCAGUCUGUGCCAGCUCUGCUGAGUGAGAGCGAAUCAUACCACGGGAAGUGUGCCUGGCACCUACUGAUGUGAAGUGAUCCUCCGAUCUAAGUGCCUUCAGGAUCUGAAGUCUUUGCAUUUUUCCCUAUUGUUCAGCCUUUUUUGUCAGCUGGCAGUUCGAGUCUGGCUUUUUUUAGUGGAGCAGAAAGGAAAUCUCCGGGGUCUUGUCUCACCCCAGGCUGAACUUCACCCCCUUCUAGAGAAAAUGGAAAUCUGUGGUCCCUAUUUGAUGAAAAUGCCACUACUCAAACUGAGGGCUGUUGACGUAUUUCAGUGCUUGCUUUCCUCUUAAACAUACUACGUACCCCCUUAGCAGUCACUGACACAAGCUGUGCUGCUUGAGAGAUGGCCAGGAAGGAGAGCUUGGUGCAGUUAGGGUAUUUCUGAAAAGGUUUAGGUUAGAAGGAAAGGGGGAAGUAGCAAGAUCUGCAUGUUGGGAAGGAGAGGUGACUGUGUUAGAUGGGGGAUGUGUUUCUCAUGUUUCCUUGACUUCCAGUAAUGUAAUGCUGGCUUCUUCCUGCCUGUUGCGCUGUGCUUGUAUCAAGGGCAAGUGCUCAGCAGCUACAGUAUUUGCUGACAAAUUUCCUACUGUGCCUGCUCUUUCAUCUUUUCUGAAGAAGGAAUUUGUGUUGCGUCAUCGUUAAACUGGCUGCUGCAUGAGGCUGACCAUUGAGUUGUUUGUUCUUUUUCCAUCAGAUUCUUUGCAUGUGAAGGUAAUGAACACAGAGGUGACUUUCAGCUCCUGGUAGCUGGGAGGAUAAAUUGGAGUCUGGCAGGGCCAUAAAAGCAAGUUCUGUCGUUAUUAGAAACACUGGAAUUUUAGAAUGGAGAGGGGAUUUUAGGAUUUGUUUAUUUUUCAUUCUGUAUCUUUUGAGGGUGUUUGCUCUGCUCUGACGAGAGAGACCUUAAAACGGGGCUGGUCCCUCUCCUGGCUUUCCUGUGCAAGCAAUAUGCUUGGGUCCAAGGUAUGAGUGCAGUGCUAGACUUGCUGUCCUCAUUUAAUCUAAACACUGAAUAUAUAGAUCCUAGUGUUAAGAGGCACUCUUGAAAGCUUUUUUUUAUUUUUUUCCACAUGGACCAAGCGAUGAUGCGGUCUCUCACAGUAUUUCCAUCGUGAGUUGGAAGGGGUUUCUGAGCGAAGGCUUGGCAGGGAGCUGUUGAUCAGAGGAUGAGUGAGGAAGUGAAGCAUGAGCAAUGGUGGCAGGUAAUGCAAGCUUGAAGUGAACUGGCUUCUGUCAGGUACAUCUCCCCAGGCCUGUGAACAGCAGCCUCAGACACAGGCAGGAGCGCUCAUUUUCCUCUAGGCUGAGGCAGUGAAUUCCUUGAGCAGCCUGCAGCGUGUGUUCUGUUACUUUCUUUAUCAGGCAUUUUGUUCAUAGGUUCUCCUUAGGUGCCAGUUAUGCCAGCAUGGCUUAGAUGCAAAGUUUUACAAAUCUUUGUGCAUCGUCUUGAAGUGGCAACCCACAGCGGUUACGUGUGCUCCCCCUCACACAGCUCGGGUGCGCUGGGGUUGGUUUCACCCUGUGCUGCUGGGUGAAGCUGUGGCCUGGAGCAUGGGGGAAGAGGUGGUGACAAAAAGCGAUCUCUGUGUUAGCUGAUGAAGGAGAGGACAAAGGGGUCCUGAUCAGUAUUUGAAACCCUUGAGUAGCGGAGCUGUCUUUCAAAUUAUUUGGGGGUAUCAAGAGUUCCUAAGCUCUUUUUUGCCUCUCUGUGCCUCUGGGAUGUGAGGGAAGGUGCUUGGGUAUCAUGGAAACCUUCCCUUAGUCAAUGAGGUCAGCUUUACUUUCCCCUGCUCAUGGGACCUCUGUCUUGGUCAGCUGCAAGCUGAAUCUGCUGCUACCCUGAGCUGGAGUGUGCAGGACUCUGGCUAGCACAAGGGAGAACCGACCAAAUUCUGUUUGAUGACAGAUUGUCGUGACAUACGUGCCUUUCUGACAAGGAACACAGUGACUGUAGCUCUGCCUCCCACCGUGGCUGGUGCUGCCAAGGGCCGUGGUCUUCAGAAACCAACCUCUUACCAGCCAACUCCAAGCCAACACACUCCUCAAAGUGAUUGUGUAAUCUCUUUGGAGGAAAAUUUUUCACUGCGAAUGUAGAAGAAACACAUUUCCUUAUAGGUAUUAUCCAAAUUAAUGUAGCCACCCCAACAAUAAAAUGUGGAGUGGAGAGAGCUUUGUUUAAAUCUUGUGCUUUAUGUCUCCCCACUUCCCAAGAGGGCUAAAUUCUUCCUAAGCAGCUUGUGAGCAUUAAAACUUUAUUUGAAGGAACAGGACUUCUUGGCAGCUGCCACCUGUCUGACACUGGCGUUUGUUGUGCUGUGUUACAGAGCAGGUUGUUUGCUGUAAUGGUAUCAGAUCUGGUUUUGUAAUCGGGCUUUUUCAGUUCUUUCAGCCAAUAAAUGAUGAACAGCUUCCUUCUCCUUCUAUACUGGUGAUCCAAUGUAUGUGUUUUAAAAACAUUUUCCACAACUAAGAAAUAAAGUCUUCAAAUAAAUGAUUUAUAAGUAGUCAGCUUAACAAAAUACAUAUUUCAAGCAAUCAUGAACUUGAAAAUAAGUGUAUUGCCCACCAAGUGUGGAAUAAACAUGAGGAGCAGUAAA